UUGACAUUUAUAGGACAAGUGCACAAUAUUAUGAUUUCUUUAGAUGUAUUUUUGUAAGGUUUGUAAAAAACAAGAAACACGAGCUACGCCUAUGAACCAAUCUUGAAAAUUAUAUUUUGUACAUGUUAGGCUAGUUGACGUGCAAUAUCCGUUUCAAUAAUGUCUUUAUUAAAAGCAAGAUUAAUCCGAAACUCGACGUUGUAUUGUUCGGGGCGAUUGAUAAUGAUUGGCUUCAAUAUAUUGACACAUUGUACAAGACUUCAGCCAUACCACAUUCCAAUAAAAGAAAAAUGAGAAAUUUCAUUUAUCCUGAAAGGUUGUUAGUAAGGCUGUGUUAAAACGAUGUAUUUUGUACAACAUUGUACAAGCUAGUACUAAAUGUCCUAACAAGAACGAUGUCUAAGACUGUCGUUAAUUUGCUAGAGGUCCUUUAGGCUCUGGUUCAAUUGGGCCGUCUUUAUUCAUCUUCGCUAGUUCUGUUGACAUUUCAGUCCUUUUUAUUCGGUCUUAAUUUUAGAUUGCCUUUCAUUACAGACAUAAUAAGCUUUUUGUAAUUUUAUGAAUGUUUUUGAUGAUUUUAAUUUUUUUUGUGCCAUCGGAAGGACAUUUCACUUAAAAUUCAUUUCCUUUUGACAUUGAGCUGAGCAUCUGAUCAUUACCUUUUUCCAUAAAAAAAARCAGAAAAUGGAAGGAAAAAAUCCUAUUUCGCAUGUGCGUGUGCUGUAGGCAAUGUUUUUGGUUCAUCUUCAGAUAUUUCGUGUCAAAGAGAGUAUCUAAUGACCUAUAUCUAAGCAUUUUGUCACUUUGCUAAGCAGCGCUCCAGUCAAAUCAAUGAGUUCACUACCUAUAUCCAAAUAUUCUAUUAUGUUCUUAAGCACCGUUCCAAUUUAUUGUAAGACGUCUAUUGAUCCAAGAAGCCUCAAUAUCAACCAGUUAUUUCGUUGUACAGAUUUAAGAGCCUUAUUUCAUACAAGCCAWCUCGACUUAGAUCAAUAUAUAUUACUUGAUUAAUGGCCUAGGAUCUCGCGACUUGGUUAUUAUGCAUAAGAAACACAAAUUCUCAGCUUUCGCCAAUAAACUAUUUAUUCACUUCAUAUUACGCGGCGCGCUUUCCCUUGCCUUAACACUUAUCACGUGACUACUUGAUGACGUCAAAAGUCUUGUUAUUAUACCAAGGACUUGGUUAGUGUUCGUUAAGUUGUAGAUACCACCAGCCACCAAAGAAUUAGCACCACGCUCAGGUCAAAAGAAAAUCAACUUYACCAUUUUUGGUAAAAAGACUUCGUGGGGGGUUGAAGAGCUUUAAAAAUUAAGUAUUCCCAAGACAGAGAGAGAUCACUGAAAGGCGACCAGAACGACGACAUUGGCAGAUGGUGCAGGUGUAAUGUGAAGACUUGGUCUCUUAUCAAGAUUGCGUAUUAAAGUUACCGUGACUGAUGGAAAACAACACAAAUUCAACGAACAAUUUACCUGUGAAUACCGUUAAGACGCAGCUAUUUUUGGCUUACUACGCYGUGCUACUCGUCACGACUGUCUUGGGUAACACACUAGUAUGUCUUGCAAUAUACCUGGAUAGACGCUUACGAAGUUCUACUAACUGGUUCGUAGCGAGUCUUGCCGUGUCGGACUUGCUCUACGGCCUAGUUGGUUUGCCAUUUCGCAUUGCGCAAACUUCAGGUACUGUAUUUGAGCUUCGUGAGUGCUAUAUUUGGGUAUGGGUGGAUAUGGUGUGCGCCGCAGCAUCCAUUGCUAAUCUGGCAUUGAUUAGUAUUGAUCGUUACAUUAAAAUCACCAAACCUUUUCAGUACCAUGUGGUACUAACCCAACCAAGGGCGUUCAUCGCAGUUGGAAGUAUCUGGGUKUACUCUGGUGUGCUGGCGUCGUUUGCUUUAGUGCGUUGGCCCGGUGCCGUAGGAAUCGUUCACUACAAAGGUUCCUGUAUUAACUUUAACGAAGUGUUUUAUACAGUAGCCAUGAUUGUUGCAUUCAUUCUGCCAUUAGUAAUUCUCGUUAUUAACUACGCAAAGGUCUUCGUUGAAGCGUUAAAACAGUUCAACAAAAUGGUGGAAAUGACGGCGCAACACAGUGUCGAGAAAGGACGACAUAACAGCAUAAUUAAAGACUUCAAAGCAACAAAAACACUAGCAGUGGUCAUUGGAACUUUUACUAUCUGUUGGUGCCCAUUUUUCAUUCUAUUCACUAUCGCACAAUACAAGCCUUCGUUUCUUGUCAAGCUACCUGCCCCGUGGAAUGAAAUCACGAUAUCUAUGUUCUUUUUUGUACUGCCAAACGUUAACAGUGCUCUCAAUCCCUUCAUUUAUGCCUACUUCAACAAUGACUUCAGGCGAGCUUUUAAGAAAAUCAUGACUUGGUCAGUGCAAUCAUCGUCUUGGACAGCUCAAACGGAAGUCUCCCAGGAGGACUCAGGGAGGCGCCUUAGCGCAGCUUUUUCAAGCUUCUUACAUUCCAAAUACUCUCGUCCUGGAAGGCAUAGCGGGCAGAAUAAUUCUCUCUUUCAAAACAACAACCCAAACGAAGUUAGAGAUUAAAAAUAGAUCAAUAUCGAAACUCCUUAGCCCGCUUCUAUAGCCUCUCUUUCAGAUUUUGUAAAAACGUGAAGGUACAUUGGCGUUUUCACCUUGCAUUCAUUGUUCAGAGAACGUUCGGGUYGACGUGUUAAAGUUUAUGAAGAUUUAUCGAAUAACCUCCCCUAAUUCUUCAUAUCAUAUACAUAUAUCAUCUCAUAUCCAUCUAUCGUAUGUCGUACAUAUCACAUACAGCUACUUGCAGAAACGKUGUCAUAGAAAAUAGAACAUUUGAAUUUAGUAAAAAGGAAUUAAUUAAAACAAGACAAA